UUACAUGGAAUACAAUAACAAUUUGGCCUUAGACAUUGUUAAUGGUAUACGUCCAAAGAUUUAUGAAAAUGCUCCGUUAGAGUAUGUUCUAAUAAUGCAACAAUGCUGGGAUGCUGAUCCAGAAAACAGACCUGAUCAAUAA